AUGAGCAACCCUACCGUCGGGUCCCUUCUGGCUGCCAUUGCAACACUCAUCAGUGAUGGCCUGCGAAUCUUCCAGCUCGCCGAUAAGCGCCAAUGGGGACCUGACGAACACGAACAGCUGCGCCUGCUCGAGGACACCCUCGACGAUGCCAAGAAGGAUUUCCAGGAGCUGUCGGUCCUCGUCAACGGCCAACGCUAUUACAUGAACGAUCGUAAACCCCAUUCAAUCGCCGAGUUACGAGUCAUGCAUUCAAAAUUCGAGCUUCAUGUCGCAAACUUUAAGGACUGGGCGAGGACAGGAGGACCGGUCAACCCGGUAUGGGCACGAGACACGACAGAAUUGCGCCGCGAACUUCACCGUGCACAGUGCCGCGCUGCCAGGAGGAUUUUCGCAGCAGAGCAGGAGGCGUCAGCAAGGUGUCUAGGCGCCUUCCUCGUCUACAGAAAACAGCGGGAAUGGCGGAACCGGCCUGCCCGGACUGAGGAAGAGCACCACCGGCGACAUGUGGAGGAGGUGGUGGCUUGCAACACCAUUGGCAAGUUUGAGCGCUUCGGCGACGGAGACAUUGCUUUCGUGUGCGACUUUUGCGACGGGCAUCUGGUGUGGGAGGACCUGGAGAGCAUGCCGUCGCUGCGUGCGGCCGAAGAAUCUAGCACCAGCCCCAUGUCGCCCAUGUCGCCCAUGUCGCCGACGACACAGAUGCCGCAUUGGCAGGCGACGGGAUUCACCGCAUCAAAACGACGAGAAGAGAAGACGGUCGUGUUCGCGCCCCUGGCGAUAGCGAACCACAUGGCGCCGUAUCAGGGGGACUGGGUCGCCCGCCUCCUAUGCCCUUUUUGCGACGAGGCGCCUUACACCGAGGGAGGCGACGAUGACGACGACAUGCGAAAUCCUCUGGACGACUCCGGGUUUGAAGAUCUUCAGGCGUUCCAGGAGCAUCUCGAAUGGGAGCACACGGCGGCCUCGAUACCAGCUGUGCCCCUGCCCAAGGCGGCCAAGGAGUGUUUGGUGAUGUGA